AUGAGGAGGAAAAUCAGCGGCUAUCAGAUCUUUCUGUUUUCGCUGUGUCCCGUUACGUUGGUUUUCGGGCACAUAUUGUCUUACUGGCUGAAUAUAGACGCAGAUAAAGAUGGAUGGUUUAACGUUUACUUCGUGAAGCGUGGAUGGUUUUGGACUAGUGUGGUGGGGUGGUGGUGUUUUAUCAGGUACAGAGGAUUGCAACAAGUCGGAUCGUGGAAAAAAGUGCUUUUAAGAUACGUGGUUUUGACGGCAUGGUGGCUUUUCUUCACGCAGUCCAUUAUCUCAGGAGCAGCACCCAUCAUGGACAUUGUAUUCACAUUGACUGGCGGUCGCUGCAAUUUUGACGUGUUUGACCCUAACGAAAUUCUACAAUGGAAGUUGAAUGAGAAAUUUCACGACACGGUAAACCGCCGUCAAAGAUCUUUGGCCAAACUAUACAAUGUGCUGAAAGAUUUAAAGGACGAUCCCACGAAUAUGGUCAAGCAUGCAUUAUCAAGGAUAGAGUCAUGGGUCAGCGAAAAUAAGGAUCAACUUAUGGAAGGUAAUUAUACGCCGGGUCAAUUAAAUGAGUAUAUCGAUGAAAUCUUGCAUCGUUGGCGCAAGAUAAACUCUUCAAACAUCUGCCAAUCUUUGGGUGGACAAUGGAUUGGUGGACAUGAUCCCAGUGGCCACAUUUUUCUCAUUACAUUGAUGUCAAUGUUUUUACUCGGUGAGUUGCAGGCCAUAGGGAAAAGAGCCUGGAGAGCUCUGUGGAAGGACAAAGCGGUGUUCGAAGAACUUCGAGCGCAUUGUAUCAAAAUCUUGACUUUGAAAACUCUGUGGGGUAUCAGAACCCGCCGGUCACCGGUGAACAAUGUAGGAGAUGUGCGAGAUGUGCUAAGAGCGUUAGUCAAACCACCUUUGGAGUCGGCUCGCGAGGUUUACUAUAUCGUUACAUUACUUGUCAAAUACGUGUUCUGGAAUAACCCGGUCAUACUGUUGGUGGUGCUUGUCGGCAUGUGGUGGUGGAGCUUUCUCAUCACCACAAUUGUUUUCCAUACCCUUUGGGAGCAGCUCAGUGGGCUGAUAUGUGCAUAUAUUGUCGCUACUUUGGUCUAUUUAAACAUUAACUGA